CUCCCACCUUUUCUCCGUUGCAGUUAUGGGCAGGGAAAUUGCAGAUGUAUGUAUGGACAAUGAGUCAGAUCGUGUUGUAGUUUAUUCAAAUGGUGUUGCCCAUGAUUCAGGCAACGACAUUGUUCGUGGGCACUGUGAUCUUCCAGAAUCUGAUGAUCAAACAAAGGGGAAUCCAAAGUCUCAAAUUCUAGAAGAGAAUGUCGAAUUAAAGGAUUGUGAUGUUAAAGAAUGCACAAUGGAAAAUCCAAUUGAGAUAUCUGAGCUCGACCAUAAGGGUGAAACAGAAAAAUCUGAAGGUCAGAAGCCAAACAACCACAAAAAAUUAAGCUCUUCUGUGAAAUCUUCAUCAAGAUCUGAUGGUGUUGUAAACACGCGAUCAAACUGCACUGUUCCUCAACCAUUUGCAUUGGCAACUGAGAAGCGUGCUUCAUGUGGAACUCGUCCUGUUGGGCCUGAAACUGCUGUUGCUGGCGGCAUAAACAGACCAUCCAAUACCAACAACUUCCAGGCUCCCAGCACAGCAAAAAAGCCUCAGCCUAGAUCAUCAUUGGCAUCUAGAAAGCCGCUGCAACCUGAUAAUAAGAAACUUCUAGAUGACGAAGAUGCCUGUUCUGUUGCUUCCUCGAAUGCUGCAUCUGUGAAGACAUUAAGCUCCAGGGUAACCAUUCCAUCAGCUCCUGUAUUUAAAUGUUCUGAGCGUGCAGAGAAACGCAGGGAGUAUUACUCAAAGUUGGAAGAGAAGCACCAAGCAUUGGAGGCAGAGAAGAGCCAAUGUGAAGCUCGGACUAAGGAGGAACGAGAGGCAGCUUUAAAGCAGCUUAGAAAGAGUUUAACGUUCAAAGCAAAUCCGAUGCCAAGCUUUUACCAUGAGGGUCCACCACCUAAGGUUGAACUCAAAAAGCUGCCUACAACUCGUGCAAAAUCGCCAAAGUUGGGGCGGAGAAAAAGCUGCAGUGAUACAGUUGAUUCAUCUCAGGGAGGCAUUCAGAAAGAAGUUAAUGGUCGAACAAAUCGUCGUAGUCUGGGUAGUUACAAAGAAGAUACUAAGGCUACUAAUAAUAGCAGCAGCAGCCGAAACACAAACUCGAGCCCCAAAGUCAAAGAUGCACCCAAACAGGUGAGAGAAAGCACAAAAUCUGCUUCCCCCAAGACAACUGAGCAGAUGAACAUCACAGUCCAGUCAUGAGUCAUCAUCACUUGGUGAGUUUUUUCUAAUUUAACAGGGAAAGUUCUCUUUUUUUAUUUUUUUUUUUUGUUUUGUAUGGGUUCUGAAAAGGUCACUGUCUUCUUGUUUGCAAGGACUGGUUGCAGUAUUUUCUGUGAUAUAUGAAGUGUAAAUUUUCUGUAAUUUAUAUUCACACAAUAUAUAUAAAGAGUUCUAGUUUUACUAAA